UCUGUCAGAAAUAAUAAAUAAAUAAAUAAAUAUAUUCACCCGGUAGCUAUUUUUUUCUAAUAAUAAUCUGAUUAAUUGAUUGUUUCAUAUGUAACAUAUUUGUAUAUUGAAACUAUCAGGUACCCAUUGGGAAACAGUGUUGAUAAUAUUUGAUGAAGGUUUGUCAUUUUGAAGGAUAAUGACAAUGAUCGAAAGUGAAAAUAAUAUAAUGCAAGUAGGUUCAAGAAUUGAUUGCUCUGGUCAUAUAGGUACUAUAAAAUAUAUGGGCUGUCUUGAAGGUUAUUCAUCUACUUGGUUGGGGAUAGACUGGGACGAUCCAAAGAGAGGAAAACACAAUGGACAUCACAAUGGAAAACAGUAUUUUGAAGCUAGUUUUCAGACGUCUGGAACAUUUGUCAGACCAGAAAAAGUUGAACUCGGGCAAUCUAUUAUUUCUUCUAUUAUGAAAAGAUAUGGGAAGAAGGAUAAUGUCUCAAUAGCUCAAGAUUUUCAACAAGAAUUAUUAUAUUUUCAACAAUGUAUUAAUGCUCCAUUUUUAGAAAUGGUAGGUUUUGAGAAGGUCCUUGAUAAGCAGAGCAACUUUGAUUCCCUGCAAGUAGUUGACUUGAGAAAGCAAAAAAUAAGUUCAGCUGGAAAAAAUAAUCAAUUGAAAGAUCUCUGCCCCAAUAUCAAAGAAUUAGAUCUGAGUUUAAAUUUGAUUUCCUCAUGGGAAAUAGUUUUUCAGAUAUGUAAACAACUGGAUCAACUGUGUUGGCUGAAUGUGAGUGAAAAUUUACUUACAAUUCCUGCCAAUAUUGAAGAUUUCAAUUUGCCCACUGUUGAAACCCUAAUAUGUACAAAGAUGCGUUUAACAUGGGAGGAUAUCUUAAAAGUAACAUUAGCUUUUCCGAAUAUAACAGAAUUAAGAGUGCCUUUCAAUAAUAUAAAGAAUCUAGAUACACCAUCAGAAAUACUCAAAAAUUUGAAAGUACUUGACAUCGAAGAUAACGAAAUAGGAGAAUGGAGCGAAAUAUGCAAAUUGAGUACACUUGAAAAUUUGGAGGAGCUCUUUGUUGGAAAUGUGGGCCUUAAAAAAAUAGAAUUCAUAGGUCAUAAACCCAAAGUAGACACUUUCUUGAAGUUGAAGAAAUUGGCCAUCAGCAAUAACCUCAUUGAUAAUUGGGAUUCGGUUAGCCAGUUGAAUAGAAUGAAAAACUUGGAAGAAUUGAGAUUUAUCAAGAAUCCCGUCCUCGAACAAGAGAGUGAGGCCAGUCGUUUCGAAAUUAUAGUUGCUAGAAUAGGAAACUUGAAGGUAUUGAACGGAACUGAUUUGAAACCAUAUAUGAGAAGAGAAGCAGAAUAUGACUAUAUGAAAAUAUAUGGUUUAGAAUGGUUAAGGGUUUGCAAUACUCCAGAAAGAGAACAGUUCAUAAGAUCGCACAAUAGAUUUCUGGAGUUAAUUGAUAUGUAUGGGGAACCAGAUGAGGGAGAGUUGGUUACUAAACCACAAUCAAUAUCCAAUACACUCAUUGAGUUGAGAUUUGAGCAUGAAGGGAAGGUGGUAACAAAAAAAUUACCGAAGACUAUUGUUGUCCAGAAGCUAGUAAUGCUAGCACAGAAAUUCUUCAAGCUUAGUUACAGACCGAAUUUGAUUCAUAUAAGAGGGGAAGCUUCUAAUUUACAAAUAAACCUGGAAGAACAGAGAGAAAUUGGUUUUUAUUCGAUGCAGGAUGGAGAUAGAAUACUCAUCAGCCAUGAGUGAUUUUUUUGGAAGAAUUUUAUAGGCUCAUUUUAAUUUAUUAAUUUUUUUUACACGAUAUAAUUUUCCUAAUGAAUAUUUAUCCAUAACUCAUUUUGUGAUACUUAUAAAUCAUAUUUAAGUGAAAAUAAUGAAAUUUUUAUUAAAGCAAUCUUUACCU